AAUCAGGGUUCCAGGUAUCCAGGAUCUGCAGGAGAACCAGGAAACCCUGAUUUCAGGAAUGUGCUCCCUACCCAUGACAAAAUACUACAUAAUUAAAGAUGCAGAUCAAAAGGCUCUCUACAUGCGGGAUGGCCAGCUCCUGAUGGGAGAUCCUGUUGCAGACAACUGUUGUGCAGAGAAGAUCUGCGUACUUCCCAACAGAGGCCUGGACCGCACCAAAGUCCCCAUCCUCCUAGGGCUCCAGGGAGGAAGUUGCUGCCUGGCAUGUGUGGAGACAGGAGAGGGGCCUUCUCUGCAGCUGGAGGACGUGAACAUCGAGGACUUGUACAAGGGUGGCGAACAGGCCACACGCUUCACCUUCUUCCAGAGCAGCAAGGGCUCCGCUUUCAGGCUCGAGGCUGCUGCGUGGCCUGGUUGGUUUCUCUGUGGCCCGGUUGAGCCCCAACAGCCAGUGCAGCUUGCCAAGGAGAGUGAAUCUUCAGCCCGCACUGAAUUCUACUUUGAGCAGAGUCGGUAGGGAGGCAGGGGGCUGAGUUCCAGCCUGGUUCUGCCAAACCAAACCCAUCCUGCUGAGGGUCUGUGGGAAGCAGAAUAGUGGUCCCCGAGACACCCCAUCCAAAUCCCCAGACCUGUGAAUAUGUUACCUUACAUGGCAAAAGGAGCUUUGCAAAUGUGAUUAAGAAUCUUGGAUGGGGAGACCAUCCUGGAUUAUCCAGGUGGGUCCAAUGUCACCACAAGGAUCCUCAUGAGAGGAAGGCAGGAGGAGGCGCGUCAGAGAGACCGGAAGAUGCUGUACUGCUGAUUUUGAAGAUGAAGGCAGGGACCAUGAGCCAAGAAAUGCAAGUAGGUUUUAGAAGAU